GCUACACAGAAACCCAGCCUAAAAACCCAAACAGCAAGCAAUGCAGAUGUCGAAGCACGGUGGCUAAGAAGAACUCCCUAGAAAAGACAGGAACCUAGGAAGAAACCUAGAGAGGAACCAGUCUCUUCUGGCUGUGCCAGCUGAAGACAUUCUGCUGAGUCUACCCAGCAACCAAAACUUCCAAGAUGUGGAAAAAUAAAUCAAAGGUCACGGACCAGACAGCCACUGGCCAAGCAGGUCCAGUCUCAGACGAGUUUGACAAAGGUCCUGUCUCAGACGUCUUCGAAAAAGAAGGAGUUGGGAUCAAGAAGAAAUCAAAAGUCCCUGGAGUUAUGAUCACGCAGUAUGUGGAGGAAAUACCAGAGGGAAAAAGUCACCCUGACUUCACCCGCAAGCCCAUCGCAUUGACUAUCCAGGAGGGUAAAUUCGCCUUCUUCAAAGCCCUGGUUGUUGGAGAUCCAGAACCAACCGUGACAUGGGGCAGAAAUAAUGGAGAUGUGUCAGAUACAUCGAAAUAUGUAACAAAAUAUGACCCUGCUACUCGUGAGCACUUAUUUGAGAUGGCCAAUGUACAACCAGAACAAGCAGACACCUACAAAUGCUUUGCAGCUAAUGAGUUUGGAAGAGCAGUGGUCACAGUGGUCCUCAAUGUUAUUGAAGUUGGGUUCAAGAAAGCACAAGCGGACUUACAGGUGCAAGCUGUUGGAGAUUUUAAAUCUGUACUGAAGAGAAAAAGUAAAAUUCGUCCCAAAAUGGAAAAGAAAGAAGAUGGAGAAAUAGAUCCAAAGUUUUGGGAACUCUUGUUAAGUGCUGACAAGAAAGACUAUGAGAGCCUGAUGUUGGAGUUUGGAGUCACUGACUUCCGCUUUAUGCUGAAGACACUGAAUGAGAUGAAGAAGGAGAGGGAGGAAGAGCAAGCUCAGUUCAUUCAAAACCUAUCUAACCUGAAACAUAUUGAAGUUGGACCCGAUGGCUCUGCAACCUUUACAAUAGACAUGGAUCUCAUUGAACAAAGCAGCAGAAUCUUCCUCUACAAGGAUGGAGUGAUGAUUCCAUACACCAAGGAAUUGGGAGAUUCAAUGAAACACAGCCUUAAGAUAGUGGGCCGAAAAUAUCAGUUCAGCGUAAGGGAUCUGUUUCCUGAUGACGCUGGGCUCUACCAGGUGGAUGUUGAGGACGUAAAUGUAUUCUCCACCGAUUUUAAGAUUCCCAUGGUGGACUUCCUGGUCAAGAUUCAGGAGUGUAAGGCCAUGGAGAGAGAGGAUGCUGUGUUUGAGUGUGUCCUGUCACAACCCUUCAGCAAGAUCAUGUGGGUUGGCAAGAACUUACCAUUGGAGGCAGGGGACAAAUAUGAUAUUGAGGUUUCAGAAGACAAGCUCAUCCACAGACUAAUCAUUAAAGACGUUGCAAUGGUGGACAAAGGCAUCUAUGCAGCUGUGGCAGGAAUCAAAUCUUGCAAUGCCUUUCUUGUUGUUGAAGCCGACAAGAGUGAACCCGGCAAAAAGAAACAACGUAAAACCACAAGGGCCGGAGGAGCUGGAGUUGACCUGAUGGCAAUUGCCCAAGAGCAGGCCGUUAAAAACACAGCAGACAGAGAGGUGCUGAUGGAGAAGGUGAAAGCAAUCAAGGAAGAGAGAGCUGCUAAUGACCCUGCAGCACCUGAGACUGGAGCUAAAGCUAAAGCUAAAGCUAAAGCUAAGGUGGUAGAGGCUUCCCAAACAGGAGCACCAAAACAGGCACCGGCAGUUAAAGGGUCUGACCAUAAAUCUGUGGAUAAUAAGGGCCAGUCAAAUAGUGAAGGCCCACCGGCGCCCACUGUGCCUGGCCAGCCAGUCGGAGACAGUACUGGAUACAGCAUUAAGAGUGGACUCUCGGAUCUCUUCGCUCUCCGUGGCAAGAAAGGGGAACUGGUUUGUGAGAUGAGCCAUAAAGUUGAUGGGGCCUGGUUCAAGGAUGGAGAGAAGUUAUCCACCACAGAUGGGCUAGCCAUAGUGAAAGACGGAAAGAGACACACGCUGACCAUUCAUAACAGCAGUGAAGACGACGCUGGAGUCUAUCACUUUGAAGCAGAAGGAUUUAAAUCAGAGGCAAAAGUCACUGUGGGAGAUGUGCCCGGCUUUGAUGCUGAUGACCUCCACAAGUUUUCUAAGCCUGUGACAGUAAAAGUGGGCCAGAAUGCGUCCUGGAAGAUGCCUUAUACACCACAGGACAACUUGGAGGUGAAAUGGUUUAAGGAUGGCAAACAGCUGAAGGAUGGUGGUGGGGUGAAGUUGGUGAAGGAGGUCAACCACAGCCGGCUGAUGCUCCGGGAAUGUUUGCGUUCUGACGCUGGGGAGAUCAAGAUUCAACUCAAAAACCCAUUUGGCACUAUAGAGGCCAAAUCUCGACUGAUUGUUCUUGGCAAGCCCGGCCCACCAGAAGGCCCAGUGGAAAUCUUGGAGACCAACUCCACUGUGAUUGAGCUGCAGUGGGGCACUCCUAAGGACAACGGUGGCUCCCCGCUGACUAACUACAUCAUUGAGCGCCAGCAGCUGGGACAGACAAUGUGGAAGAAGAUGGGGGAUGUCGCAGCUGACAAAACCACCUACAGGGACAGGAAUGUGGUUCAUGGGAAACUGUACAUCUACAAGAUCUACGCAGUGAACCCAGAGGGGACCAGUGAUGCACUGCAGACAGAGGAAACAAUGGCUGGCGUACUGAUAUUUGCUGGCCGACCAGGAGCACCCAAAGUGGUCAGCGCGUCAAAGACCUGCAUCAACCUGAAAUGGGAGCCCCCGGAAGAUGACGGAGGAAUUAAGAUUGAUGGCUAUCAACUGGAGAAACGCAAGAAGGACACAGCUCAGUGGAUCGCUUUGAACCCAGUCACUGAGCCUAUUGAAGUGCUGGAGUACGCGGUGAAAGAUGUUGUUGAGGGGGCGGAGUAUGAGUUCAGGGUAUCGGCCAUCAAUGUUUCUGGGGCGGGAGAGUUCAGUCUCCCCUCUGUGAUGGUGACUGCAAAGAAUCCCAACAUGAAGCCUACAUUCAAAGAUCCAGAGGACUUCAUGGUGAUCAGGGCGGGAAAUUCUGUGAGAAUCAAAGUUCUGUAUGAGGCUGAGCCUCCACCAGAGAUCACUUGGAUGAAGGACGAUGAGCCUGUAUCCGGUUUUAUACAGAUCAUCAACACAGAGGGCUGUUCCCAGCUUGUGAUCCCCUCAUCAACACGCUCUGAUUCAGGAAACUUCACCAUUGUGGCUAAGAAUAAAGUUGGAGAGGCCAGCUUUGACAUUGAGGUCCUGGUCACAGAUGAGCCAAAGCCUCCCGGUGCAGUGGAGCUGGAGCAGAUUGUCCAUGGCAAAGUAAUUGUGUCCUGGGAGGCCUCUCCAGACCAGGAGCUGGACAACAGGCUGUAUUACAUGGUGGCCGAGCACGACUCCAGCACACGCAUGUGGCACACUGUGGCAGACCGCAUCUUUGACAACUCAUAUACGGCCAAUAACAUCAUGCCUGGAAGGGAGUACCACUUCAAAAUCUAUGCCAAGAACGACAUGGGCAUGUCAGACCCCUCCACGUCACCCACCUGGGGCAUCAACAGCAACAGAAUUCCUAUAAACACAAACACGCCAGUGGCAGUCAGCUUUGAGAAAGCACCGUCUGUCCUGGUCCCCCUGAAGGUGCACUCACCACCAAAAGGAUACCAGAUGUACAUGACCUGCGCCAUCCGGGGAUGCCCCACACCAAGCGUUACAUGGCACCUGAACAACGUCUGCAUCAAUGGUGACAGCAACUACUACAUCACCAACUCGUACGGCGUGUGCUCCAUGUACAUCCUUAGGGUCAGGCCCAAGGACGCCGGAGAAUACAAAGUUGUGGCAGUUAACUCCUUCGGCAAGGCAGAGUGCUCCACUAAACUUGUUGUUAAAGACUAAAUCACAUUGAUGAAUUACCUUGGAUGUUUUCUUCUGCUCUCCUUGAUUCUAUGUAGAAAAAUAUAUUCAUUUAAGGAAUAUUUGAAUAUGUUAAGUAAUAUUUGAAUAUGUUAGAGUUUUGGUACAUGUAUGCUGGAUACAUGACUACAUGUUGUGUAUUACUCAUUAGUUAUGUUACUGGCCAACUUAUCUUCAGUUGUCAGACAGACUUAGCUAAUAUUUGGUUUUUUGUUCCAUUUACUAUAUUGACUGAAUUAUUUAUCUCAAAUUAUAAGGAAAUUAAAUUGAAGCAUUAAGUCAUUAUCAAGAAUAGCACAAUCUUUUUGUUUCUUUGAGAAAUUCUAAAAUGUACUUUGGAAAACUACAAUAAAUACAGCAAUUGGCA